AACCUGGCCGGCUGGCCGAACAAGAAACUCCAAUUACUCCACUGAGACAUAUUUAUCUGUUUGGUACAUCCAACCAAUGCGCGUUUUCUUCGUGACUCUGUCUAAUGUAAGAAACAACAUAGGUUUUCACUAAAAUAAUAGAAACCCACCAUCAAAGCUAUGGAGUUGAGCAAUUGAGCUAGAGAUGAUUUGACUUUUUAAUUUCUGGUUUUGAUUGUUUCUGGUAAAGCUAAGAUCUUGUUGCCUUUCUAGCUGAGAGGUUUAUGAGGAAAUAGCAGUAGAGAUUUAGUACUAGAAUUCAUUUUGUAGGGUACUGGGAUUAAUUUUGAGGAGUGAGUUUAGGGUUCAAUGGGGAAUACUUGUGUUGGGCCGAGCAUUUCGAAAAAUGGAAUAUUUCAAUCGGUUUCAGCUGCAAUGUGGCGAACCCGAUCACCGGAUGACACUGGUUCUGUCACUAAUGUAGAGAGUGUCAGAGGUGAAUCACAACAAGGUUCUAAUAAAUCGCCCGAAUCACCAAUGGAGGUCCAAAAUAAGCCGCCUGAGCAGAUGUCAAUGCCUAGGCCGGAGGCCGAGGAAAAGCAGCCGGCUAAGCCUAAGAAACCCGCACAUAUAAAGAGGGUGCCUAGCGCAGGGCUUAGGACUGAUUCGGUUUUACCAAAGAAAACGGGCAACUUGAAGGAGUUUUUCAGUAUAGGCAAGAAAUUAGGUCAAGGGCAGUUCGGGACUACGUUUCUUUGCGUGGAGAAAGCAAGCGGGAAGGAAUACGCGUGCAAAUCGAUUGCCAAGAGGAAGCUGUUGACCGAUGACGAUGUUGAGGACGUUAGGCGUGAGAUUCAGAUAAUGCACCACUUGGCUGGGCACCCGAAUGUUAUUUCGAUAAAAGGGGCUUAUGAGGACGCUAUCGCCGUUCAUGUUGUUAUGGAGUUUUGCGCCGGGGGCGAGCUUUUCGAUAGGAUUAUUCAGCGGGGACAUUAUACAGAAAGGAAAGCUGCUGAGCUUACAAGGACAAUUGUCGGAGUUGUAGAAACUUGUCAUUCAUUAGGGGUGAUGCACCGUGACCUUAAGCCCGAGAAUUUUCUCUUUGUCAACAAGAAAGAGGAUUCCCUACUCAAAACAAUUGACUUUGGAUUGUCAAUAUUCUUCAAGCCAGGGGAAAAAUUUACUGACGUUGUUGGCAGUCCCUACUAUGUUGCACCAGAAAUUCUCCGAAAGCACUAUGGUCCUGAAGCCGAUGUCUGGAGUGCUGGCGUGAUAGUUUACAUUUUACUAAGUGGAGUCCCUCCUUUUUGGGCGGAAAAUGAGCAAGGAAUAUUUGAGCAAGUCUUGCAUGGUGAUCUUGACUUCACUUCGGACCCAUGGCCUAGUAUUUCAGAAGGUGCUAAAGACUUGGUGAGGAGAAUGCUUAUACGAGACCCCAAAAAGCGUUUGACAGCACAUGAAGUGCUAUGUCAUCCUUGGGUUCAAGUUGGUGGCGUGGCUCCUGACAAGCCUCUGGACUCUGCAGUUUUGAGUCGAAUGAAGCAAUUCUCUGCGAUGAAUAAGCUCAAGAAAAUGGCUUUAAGAGUCAUUGCAGAGAACCUAUCCGAAGAAGAAAUUGCUGGGUUGAAAGAAAUGUUCAAGAUGAUAGAUGCAGACAACAGCGGGCAAAUCACUUUCGAGGAGCUCAAAGCUGGAUUGAAAAGAGUUGGUGCCAAUCUCAAGGAGUCCGAGAUCUAUGACCUAAUGCAAGCUGCUGAUGUUGAUAACAGUGGAACAAUCGAUUAUGGCGAGUUUAUAGCUGCAACGUUACAUUUUAACAAAAUUGAGAGAGAGGAUCAUCUGUUUGCCGCUUUCUCCUAUUUUGACAAGGAUGGAAGUGGCUUUAUCACUGCAGACGAACUGCAACAAGCCUGCGAGGAAUUUGGGAUUGAAGAUGCCCGCCUGGAAGAAAUGAUUCGGGAAGCUGACCAAAAUAACGAUGGAACCAUUGAUUACAAUGAAUUCGUGGCGAUGAUGCAAAAAGGAAAUCCAGUAUUGGGCGGUCUCUCGAAAGGCCAAGAAAAUAGUAGUUUCAGCAUUCGAUUUAGGGAGGCCCUAAGAACCUAGACUUCCCUUAUUUGUUCUUCACUGUUUUUUUUGUUCUUUUUGUAUGACAAAUUUGUUGUGAUAGGGUCCUUUUUAUAGUGAUUUGGAGAAAACAGCCAUCUUUUAUUGCACUUUUAUAGUUUUCACAAUCUCUUUUCCCUGUCUGCAUCUGGCUUUGUCAAUUGUCAUCUUGUACACUUGUAUGCCUCAUGACCCCAAGGAAUUGUGAUGAUA